AUGGUUCUCAUCCUCCUCUAUCUGUCUGCUGCCUUCGACACUGUGAACCAUCAGAUCCUACUGUCCAUUCUCUCAUCACUGGGCAUCACUGGAACUUCCCUCCACUGGUUUGAGUCCUAUCUCACAGGUAGGUCCUUCAGGGUCGCAUGGAGAGCUGCACGAAUCUCAAGCUGUCUGGCUGACAUCUCGGCAUGGAUGAAGGAACAUCACCUGCAGCUCAACCUGACAAAGACUGAGCUACUCGUCCUCCCUGCCAACCCGUCUCUAGAGCACCACUUAACUAUCCAGCUAGAUUCUUCCUCAAUCACCCCAUCAAGGUCGGUCAGAAAUCUGGGAGUAACCUUUGAUGACCAGCUGACCUUUACAGACCACAUUACAAAGACAGCUCGAUCAUGCAGGUUUGAAAUGCACAACAUCAGGAAGAUCAGGCCUUUCCUAACUGAGCAGGCAACACAACUUCUUGUCCAGGCCCUGGUUAUUUCUAGGCUUGAUUACUGCAAUGCUCUUCUGGCUGUACUUCCAUCUUGUGCAGCUAAACAUCUACAAAUGAUCUGGAAUGCUGCAGCUCGUCUUGUCUUCAACGAGCCCAAAAGGGCCCACGUCACUCCUCUGUUCAUCUCUCUGCACUGGCUGCCACUCUCUGCUCACAUCAAAUUCAAGGCCUUGACACUUGCUUACAGAUCGACCACUGUCUCAGCUCCCUCUUACUUUCACUCGCUCCUACGAGUCUACACCCCCACCAGAAGCCUACGAUCGAUCAAUGAGCGACGGCUUGUGGUACCAUCACAAAGAGCCACAAAAUCACUCUCUAGAACAUUCUCAUUCACAGUUCCAUGCUGGUGGAAUGAUCUGCCCACCCUCAUCCGGAAUGCAGAAUCCCUGACAGCAUUCAAAAGACAACUGAAAACUCAUCUCUUCCGAAAG